AGUAGUCACCGCACCGUAGUUGUCAUUUAAAUAAAAGAACGAAAUCACUUUAUUUCAUGCUCGUACAUAAUACGUUGUCUAUUUUAGUUCAAGUGGUGUUCAUAGUGUUUACAACAUUGCUUUCUAUGAAUUUAAUUCGACAUAUUACUGACUAUCGCAAAAUCAUGGUUUUAGCACCCGCGCUUUUUAUAAAUCACGGUGGAGGACCGAUGCCACUUCUUGGUGACAAGAUACACGCAGAUCUCACUACUUUUUUACGAGACGAAGUGAAAAAUCACGUUACUUUAAAAGAACUGAAAGCAAUCAUUUUAGUUACAGUGCAUUGGGAAGAGAAUAAAGUGACUAUUUCAUCAGGUAAGCAUCACAACUUAUAUUUUGAUUACUAUGGUUUUCCACCAGAAUCUUAUAAGUACAAGUAUGAUGCACCCGGUGAUCCAGAACUGGCUGAACGCAUAAAAAAGUGCUUGGACAAGGCUGGCAUAGAAUCGAGACUCGACUCAAAAAGAGGUUGGGAUCAUGGAGUAUUUGUUCCAAUGAUGCUUAUUAAUCCUGAAGCAGAUAUACCAAUAAUUCAAAUAUCGGUUUUAAGCAAUCAAGAUCCUGAGCAGCACUACAAACUUGGACAAGCGUUGUAUGAGUUCCGGAAGGAGGGUAUUGCUGUAUUUGGAUCUGGUAUGUCUUAUCACAACAUGAGAGAGGCUAUGAAUAGUAGAAAUCUUAAGAAAGUUGUUAAUAAAGAAUUUGAUGAUUUCUUAAAUGAAGUUUGUACAGCUGAGAGUGAAGAGAAAAGAAGAAAAGGUCUUAUAUCUUGGAGAGAGCAGCGAGGAGCAUCUCAAGCCCAUCCUCCGCGUGCUGCUGAACAUUUAAUGCCAUUGAUAGUUGUAGCUGGAGCGGGACGCUCAGCACCUGGCAAAAGGAUAUUCAACUGGGAUAUGGGUGGUACAUUCCGAGUAAGUGGAUUCAUUUGGAAAGAUGAAUGAUGGAAAAUAUGUUAGUUGGAUUUAGGCAAUUUUAUACAAGUUUUAAACUAAGAUUCAUACAUUUUAUAAUUAAAAAGGUAUUAAAGAUGAUGCAUCUAUAAUUUUAUUAAUACGAUGUAAGAACUUUACUAUAAUGCCUUAUUAUGUUUAUUAAAAAAGGUUUUUACUACAUUAUUGUUACUUUUCACUAUAAAUUAUACUAAUUAGAAUAAAGUUUAUUGUUUUCCAUAUUACUUUUAUAAAAGUAAUUUGUUGAUUGUUCAUAUAGUUUCAUAAUUAAAAAUAAAUAAAAGUUUAUCUUUUAGGAUAAAGGAAAAAAAAACAUAAUAUGUAACUCUUUGACAUAUAAGUAAUAAUAUUAAUAUGUAUAUUAUUUUUUGUUACUACAAGGGAUAGGUUUUAACUUAAGUAUCAAGACUUAGUAUUCUAUACGUGGCAGAGCCAUGCUGCAGCUAUAUUAGUAGGACAGUUGUAGCACGAAUGGGUCGGCUCGACCGGGGAAGUACCGCGUUCUCACAGAAUACCAGCGUAAAAUAGCAGCUUAACACUGUUGUGUUUCGUAUGGGUAGUAUAGAGAAUCGGAGACCCAUUUUACUGGAAAAGAGGCAUUCCACCUUAGUCCUUACGGGUAACGACGCAUCUGCAUUUUGAUUCUUUAUUGAGGAUAAAUGUAGACGUCUAUGGGUCACAGCAACCACUUACCCUCAAGUGGAAUGUGUGCUCGUUUGUCAUCCUAUCCUAUAAAAAAAUUAUUUAUUCUGUGGUAUUAGUGAUGGAAUGAUACGACUAUUACCAUACCAUUUUUUUAUAGGAGAGGGGGCAAACGAGCAUGCGGCUCACCAGAUGGUAAGUGAAUACCGCCGCCCAUGAACAACCGCAACACCAGGGGAAUUGCAGAUGCGUUGCCGGCCUUUUAAAAAUGAGUAGGCUCUUUUCUUGAAGGUCCCUAAGUCGUAUUGGUCCGGAAAAAUCGCUGAUGGUAAUCGAUUCCACAAAGAAGUCGUGCGAGGAAGAAAACUUCUUCUAAAUCGCACAGUGGUGGAUAGCCUAUCAUUCAAAUGGUGCGGAUGGUAUCGGGAGUUCUGCCGCGAUUUGCGUUCGUGAAAUUUGGCGGCUGGGAUUAAUGCGAACAAUUCCUCAGAGCACUCCCCGUGGUAGAUGCGAAAGAAAAUGCAAAGGGAUGCAACAUCUCUUCGCAGUGACAAUGAAUCGAGCCGAUCGGAAAGUACUCGGUCGUCGACGAUUCGAACAGCUUUGCGCUGGAUGCGGUCAAGUGGAAGGAGCUGGCACUAGGGAACCCCUGCCCAGAGAUGGGAACAAUAUUCCAUGUGAGGCCGAACCUGCGCCUUGUAAAGUUGCAGGCGGUGUGCCGGCAUGAAAUACUGUCCCGCUCUGCUGAGCACGCCAAGCUUUUUAGAGGCCAAUUUGGUCUUCUCUUCCAAGUGACCACGAAACUUCACGUCACUCGAUAUGUCGACUCCAAGGAUUCCGAUACUGGCUGAGGCAAGAAGGGUAGUGCCUUGAAACUGAGGAGAUACGACAAAGGGGUUCAUUUUAGCGGUAAACGCGCUAACUUGUGUCUUCUGAGGAUUAAACUGGACUAAAUUUAGUCGCCCCCAAUCCGACACUUUGUUCAGCAAAGACUUCAGAUACAAGUUUGUUCCGGUACUCAGUGACGUUUUCCCGAGAAAUACGAGCACGGCCUAAUAUAAAUGACAAAUAAAUACAUCAUCAUUAUGAUUAUUAAUAACGAUGCAAAUGUGCUUUAUUAUUUGAUAUUUAUUGUUAAUAUAAUAUGAUUAUAAAUUGAAGGUUUGUUGCAAUA